CUGAACUGUUCACCCCAGAUGAAGAAGUCGACCAGUAUGUCAUCUUAAAAAGAUCAGCAGUGAUCUUACCCCUAACUCAGAAGUUGAUGUUUGUGGACAAAGCCACUGGAAAGCUGCUAAAGAGAGCUCGCAUAGGAUGGCACGUCUUGACCAAACUGGUGUAUUUGGCUCUACAUGCAGACAUGUUAUACCUCCUAAACUUCUAAACAUGUUCCAAGGGGAGAUAUUCGCUUAUGCACACUGUAUGCACUCCUAUGGCCAAAGGCCAUUCUUCUACAUGCCAGGAAGAGAGGAGGUGAUCACACGUCUCGUUUCAUUUUGGGGAACGAAGAAAGUGAAGUCGCUCCUGGAGUAUUUAACUCGAAGAUAUAGGAAGGUGAGAAAAUGGUUGCUGAGGCUGAAGAAGACCUUGCCAAGUACAAGGAAUAUGACCUCAUUGAAAUGAAGCAAGAUAUACUUGAUCAUGUUCAAGAUUCUACAAAUAGGAAUGGUGUUUCUCCCGAGGUAGAAUAUUUUCAGCUGAGAAAACAAGAAGAUGUU